AAUAACAAUAACAAACCAUUUACAUUAAAAGAUGAGUGAAGAUUCCAUGCUAAAACCGCCUACGAUCAACAAGUUGCCGACUCUUAAGCCACCGGCUGUGACUGCUUUAGCUGGGAAUAGUUUACAAUUGCCCAGCACAGCGCAACAAAAAUUAAAUAACAGCGCUAAUGGAGCGUCUACAGGUUCAGCCACAGGCAAUCCGCGCAACAAAUGUGCUUUGAAACCUGGCUAUUCGUUGAUGAACUGGAUACGGCUGUGUAAUUCAGGCGCUGAUUUAUCGGGCACUGCUGGACGUGUAGUGCCAGUGAGUCGCAGUGAGCUGGCCAAGCAUAACCAGGUUGGCGAUGCGUGGAUGGCCAUACGAGGCAAGGUUUUCAAUGUCACACGCUACAUGGACUUUCAUCCAGGCGGUGUGGAUGAGCUUAUGCGUGGCGUUGGCCGUGAUGCUACAAAACUAUUUGACGAGGUGCAUGCCUGGGUAAACUAUCCGCAGUUGCUAGGCAAAUGCUAUGUGGGUCCUUUGCUGCAAACUGCGGCGGUCAAAAAGGAAACGUUAGCAACAGAUGCAGAAUUAAUGCAAGCACCACUACCACCCACAGAAAUUGCACCACGCUUUGAUUGGAUACAGCAGCGUAGCGAACUGACGCUCUGCUUCUAUACGCGACGUCUGGCUAAUCCCGGAUUGUUGUUGAAGCGACAAUCAGCGUGUGAGCUGGAGCUACGCGUGCUUUUAGCAGCUAGUUGGCAUGUAUAUAAGUUUCAGCUAAACGCUGCAGUAGAUUGGCCACCAAAGAGCGUACGAGUGGGCGCUGAAACAGGCAAAGUUGAGGUAACGCUAGCCAAGCAGUUGGCUGAGCCUUGGAGCAAGUAUGGCACACAUGAAAGCAGCAAACUUGAAGCACUGGAUGAGCUGCAUGAGUUUGAAGUGCUGCAUUGCGCGCACUUUAACCACGAUUCCUUUGAGCUGAGCCUGCAAAGCGUGCAGCGGGAACUGCUGCUGCAUUUGCCUGUGGGAUAUCACUUGGACAUUGAGGUGCCAUACAAUGGUGAGCUGCUGCAGCGCAGCUAUACACCAGUAUCAGAGACGUGGAUGACUGCGGAGGCAGUUGACAGCUGCCUUGCCACGCAACAUUUUCUUAUCAAACACUAUGAGGCAGGACCCGUGUCUAGUUAUUUGCAUGAACUCAAACCAGGAGCUCGGCUGCAAUUGAGUUUACCACGUGGCAAUUUUAGGCUAUCACAACUAGAGAAACAUCGAAACAUAUUACUGCUCGCUGCUGGCAGCGGUUUGACGCCAAUUUUAAGUGUUAUACCAGCGCUACUUAAAAGAAAUUCCAAUCGCAUCGAACGUUUGCAGCUGCUUUACUUCAACAAAACCCAGCAGGACAUUUGGCUGCAGGAGAAGCUACAAGCGCUGCAACUGAGCGAUGAACGUUUCACUUGCCAGCACAUACUAACACAGGAAGCUGGACGCAUUUCCCAGCUACUGCUCGAACCACACUUCAAGCAGUCGCCCGCCGAAAGAUUCACCUUUGUGGCCAUGUGUGGACCCACAGGUUUCAAUAGCGCUGCUUUGGAUAUACUAACUACGCUUAAUAUAAAAACCACUGAAGUGCAUGUUUUUCAGGCUUAGAAGCAGCUCACAAUAUUGCUUUAAUUUUAAUACAAAUUUCUAGCGCAUUAUUUUGUUUCUUAUUUAUUUUUUUUUUGUUUGUUUUCUUUCAAUAAGUUAAUAAAUUUAACAAAUACUAGAAAAAUUGUAUUCUUUACAUUUUCGUUUUCAUUUACAGACAAGUCGUCAACUACCAACUACACACUUUUUGCUUAAUGUUUAAAAAAGAAAAUAAUUGUAAAUGUAAAAACAAAUUAAAUGAAAGUUCACUGUUUAAGGAGGGCACUGGUUAGGCGUUUGAAAUGUAACGCAAUUUAAAUACUAAAUUAUAGCAAAGUAAUAAUUAUACAUAUAUGAUAAACAUAUGUAUAACAAAAUAGUUUUUUUUUGCACUAACGACUGCAAAACGCAGUAGGAAAAUAAAGCAGCAAGUUGGUUGUAAAUUAGUAGUAGACACCUGUGCCUAGUCGCUUAAGUAAUCAGGCGGUUCCAUGUGGGUGUGUGUACUAUUGUUUUUUUUUUUUUAGUAGGAGCGUAUUGCUGGUGGCACCGUCUGGCACUCGUCGUCC